AUGUCUUCCAAAGAGUUCAAAGUCCUCAUCGCCGGCGGGAGUAUAGCUGGCUUAACGCUGGCCAACCUGCUCGAGCGGCUCGGCAUCAGCUACACAAUCCUCGAGGCAUACCACGAGAUGGCACCCCAAGUCGGCGCGAGUAUCGGCAUUCUCCCCAACGGCUCCCGUGUCCUGGACCAAGUCGGCCUCUACGACGAGAUCAGGAAGCUCAUCGACGAGCCUCUCUUCACAAUGUCCCUCCGCGACUCCGAGGGCAACUCGGCCAGCCAGUACCUCGGUAUCGGCGAGCAGUUUAGGAAACGCCACGGGUAUGACGUCGUUUUCGUGGAUCGCCAAAUGAUCAUCGAAGCGCUGUGGAAAAACCUGAAGAACAAGGACCGCGUCCUCGUCGGCAAAAAAGUCACUGGCGUCUCGCUCGAGCCGUCCGGCGUCAGGGUGGAAACUGCCGACGGCCAGUCGUACGCUGGAGACAUCUUGGUGGGUGCGGACGGCAUUCACAGCAGAGUCCGCAGCGAGAUGUGGCGGCUCGCGGACACACUCGAGCCCGGUUACAUUCCCGCCUCGGAGCAUACAGAGUGCCUACCGACGGUCUAUAAAUGCAUCUUCGGCAUCUCCAUCAUGGAGGACUGGAGUGCCGGGACAACCCAGACCAACUUCAACAAGCACUUCUCCUACCUCGUCAUUGCCGGCCCUCGAAACAGAGUCUACUGGUUCCUCUUCGUCAACAUGGGCAAAACGCACUACGGGCCGGAGCUCCCGCGCUUCAGCAAAGAAGACGAGGACAAGCUCGUCAAGGAGCACUGCGGCGACAAGAUUACGGAAAGCCUCACUUUUGGGGAGCUGUACUCCGCCAAGAUCUCUUCUGUUCUCACCCCGCUCCCGGAAUACGUGUUCAAGAAAUGGCACUUCAACCGCAUCAUGACCAUCGGAGACGCAGCCCACAAGUUCGAACCCAUCGCCGGCCAGGGAGGUAACAGCGCCAUCGAGACGGCCGCGGUCCUGGCGAACAACCUCGCAAACCUGCUCAAGACAUGUCCCUCCGGCGGCCCCACCACCGACCAGAUCCACGACGUCUUCCUCCAGACGCAGAAGAAGCGCGAGCCGCGCGUCUGGGACCUCGUCAGGGCGUCCCACAACGAGCAGCGGUAUGCCGCCAUGGAGAGCCCGCUGCUGGAGUUUGCCGCGCGGUACAUAAUCCCGAAGGUGUCCGUCGACGACAAGGAGGCCCCGUGGAGCACAAACAUCGAGGGCGGGCACAAGCUGGACCUGCUGGACAUGCCCAAGAGGCCGCACGCUACCCCCUUCUUCGACGAGCUCGCCAGCCGGCCUCUGGGGUCGCCGACCCUGCCCAAGCUUGCUGUGGCAGCCGCCCUCUGCGGGAUCUUUUACAUCGCCCAGAGAGUCUUGCGCCUCAACCCGGAGGCCUUUGCAGGAGACCAAAGCUUCCUCGACCACCCCUUGAAGAGCGAGUUCACCGGCCUCGCUCCGAUCGACGCCAUCUUGUCGAUGCUCACCUGGGCGUUUUCUGAGGCCACGUCCGGUCCCGAUCCCAACAGGAAGCUGCAGUGCUUCUACUUCAUGACAAACCUGAUCCCCAUCAUCUACAUCUGGACGGUCGAGGGCUACCGCAACGGCAACCAUCUGUCGCUCGUGUCGUGGCCAUCGCUGUUCGCCGUGUACCAACUGAUCGGCAUCGGCAAGAUCGCGCCCAUCUACUUCCUCGUCAGCCUGUACACGACCCGGAGGGGCGUCUACACCCGACCGACGGGCCGGCCGAUCCCAUCCUCUGUCGCGAAGGUCUUGCCCGUGUCUCUGGUUCUGGGGUACAUCGUGCCGACGAUGCUCAUGUUCCUCCAGUACGGCGACAGCGUGGUGCAGCAGAAUGCCAUCGCCUUCUGGCAGCCCUCCCCCGUCUACGUCUCUGUCCUGACCUGGGUCCUUUCCGGCGCCCUGGCGUACGUGUCGCGCACCAAGACGUUGGACUGGGAGAUUUUCGAAAACAAGGACCUGGCGUCGCUGCGCAUCGGCUACGCCCUCUGCUUCUUCGCGACCGCGACCCUGCACGUCGCCGCCGUGGCGUACGCGCGCCUGAGUCCCUCGGUGUCUCUCCUCGAGGCGUUCCUGAACCUGCCGACGGUCGCAUCGAUGGGUCUGGGGAACAACCUCGUCGGGUUUUGGAAGUACGAUAUGCUCCUCUGUUUCGCGGCGGUCGCUGUCUGGUGUCUGUACAGCGUGUACGAGCUGCGCCGGCUCGGCUACGUGACGACGCGGGCAGCGAUUGGGGCCGCGGUGUUGACUUUGGCGGGGCAGGUUCUCGUCGGACCGGGUGCGACUUACGCCGCUUUGUGGGCUUGGAGAGAGGAUGUCGUCGCGGGAUUGGUGAAAGAGUGA